AUGGCGAACAAGUUUCGAUUAGGUUCUUUAUCUUUAGAAACUAAAAAACCUAACACAACAGCAGGGAUAAAUAAAGCGAAACCUUACUUUGUGGAUCAAAUCGGAGACACUCUUCAAGGUGAUUUAGAUAUGAACAAUUUCAAAGUAACUAAUUUAAAAUCACCGGAAAAUGAUAAUGACGCUGUUCACAAGAAAUAUUUACGGGAACAAAUAAAUUCAAUUGAAGUAAAUAAAAACUAUUUAGAAGAUAAAAUAAGUAAUGUGAAAAGAUUCUUCAAACGUCAACUAAAUAAUAAAAAUUUUGUUAAUGAUACUAAACUACAACAAGAGGUAAAAAGAUUAAUAAGUUUUAUUCAAAAAGAAUUGGUCAACGUAGUGAACAAAACUGAGUUACAAAUUUUAAUUUCAUUAAUAUCUAAAUUAGAGGAUAAGAUUUCAAAACAAAAAUUAGACAUUCAACAAUUAAUAGAUAACAUUCCAGAUGAAAAUGAAGAUACGUUUCAACAGGAAUUAAAUGCUCUGGAAACUAAACUUAACAGUGAAUUACAAAAAGAACUAAGAAAUAUUAUACAACAAAUACAAAACAUAGAUGAUAGCGAAAUCAAAACCUAUAUUCAACAACAAAUACAAAAUAUUGAUGAUAGCGAAAUCAAAACUUAUAUUCAACAACAAAUACAAAAUAUUGAUGACAGCGAAAUUAAAACCUAUAUUCAACAACAAAUACAAAACAUUGAUGAUAAUGUUAUUCAGAUAACCACUAUUAAUAACCUAGUUUUAAAACAGGACAAAAAUAUAGUCGCAUUAGAAAGUAAAUCAUAUUAUUUCAAUCUUCCAUUUGGAAAUUUGGGUGAUAAAGAUGCUUCUAUUACUGAUAAUAUUGAUAGAUCAAAAGAACAAAACACAUUUUCAUCUAAUCAAUUAUUUACCGCUCGUAAAGUUCUUCAGUUUAUCGAUGGUAGAGACAAUGUAGAAACUAAAGAAUUUGACAUUAACGACGAAAACAGCAAGGUUAAUCACUUGUAUGAAAUUAAAACGAGUGGAAAAUAUAUAGAUAGGUUUAGAAUGUUAAUCAUACUAGAUAAUGAAGAUAUUUUUCUUACAUUACAUUUUGAUAUGAUAUUGGAAACGGAAACUCCACCAUCAAUGAAUAUUAUUAGAAAUCCAGAACCACAAAAAGAAGGAAGGACAAUCAGUUAUCAGUUUUUACGAGCAACAGACUUUGAAUACGUAAAACUAUAUUUUGUUAAUAAUGAUAUAUUUAUCUCAAUUGAUAUUCAUAAAAGUCAACAAAAACAAACAUUUUUGAUACCAGCAAUAAGAGAUGAUGAUGUAUAUGUUAAUAUAUCAAUCUCUAUUACUAAACCAAAAUUUUCAGUUCAUCUGAAUAAGAUUAAUGAUUCGAAAGAACAAAUAUCAUUAGUAACUGUAAAAGUUGUUAUUGAUGAUAGUUAA